CAGUAAGUAGGUUGCAUGGUUUAAAGGCCUUAAACAAAUGAACCUGUGAUUGUCCUGUGCAGCUAUUAAACUUUACAUUGUACAUUUCAGAAACUCUCCCAAUGUGCUUUGCAUGUUCUGUCAACCUGAACAGCUGCACCAACCUAACAUUUCACUGUGGUUCUCAACAUGACAGGCAGCUGCAUAUUAGGCACCAACAGCUUCGUUGCUAACAGCACAGAGCCUGGCCUAUGUUUGUGCAAGGAAAAGGUCUGUAAUUUUGACUCCAUGGUUACAGUUACAGUAGGCAAGUUUUAAUCCAAGGGUUUUAAACAAACUAUGCAGGCUCAACAGAAAAAAAAACCCUGUUAAAAAACAGGUCGUGCUGUGCUUUUUUGUUGUGUUAAUUGUUGUGCUGUGAUGCAAGUGCCAAAUUAAUGAAACUGUUGUCAUUAAUCUCCAGAUUUCACAGCAUGGGCAACAGAAAAACAAAAAGAUAGUUUGGAAAACACGGAUUUGACCUUAGAACACUAUCGCUGGGUGAUUUUCACCAGACCAAACAUGUUUACGUGUUUUUCAUUAUGUUGCAUUUGUCUGAGUAUCAUGGGUCCCUGGGUAGCUUCAGCACUGCCUUUGACACCUUUGAGGGAAUAUUUGUUUCCCUGAUCCAAAACCUGCUUUUUCCUACAGGCACAUGUUCCGGUGAUUUUCACCUGGCAAUAGUCAUAGAUCGUAAAGUAGGUUUGGGUGGAUUUGAUAGCUGCAUGUAGGCGAAUAAGGUCAGUAAGAGUGGUCCUAAAAUCUGCAUGGUAUCUUUAUUUAGCACAGUGAUUAUGAACAACUAUCACAAAGUAGUGAUUUUCAAGGGAAUUCAUACGGUGAUAAGAAAUAUUUUAGUCAGCUGGUCAUUUUCUUUAAAUUCUCAAAAUAUGCCAUAUUCUCGUUCUCUCUCCUGCAGCUGUUAUUGUGCCAAAGACCCGGAGUCUUCACCAGGGAAGACUCACAUGCCCCGGGAAUGUGGAAAAGAAACUAAGUUGACAGUUUCUACAUGUUUUUUCUUUUAGGAAUUUUUUGUUCAUGAUGGCCUAAGUUCAGUUAUUUUGUUGCAUUUUUAUAUUGUCUCCUCAUGGCACUUUUUUCCUUCCCUUUGGACAGUGCACAGUUAAAAGUAAAAGAAAACUACUUUAAUUUGUCAUGUGUUGUCCUAUUUUGAUAUAUUUUGAUGUCAAGUACUUUUUCUUGGGUACAUUAUUUUGGGUAAAAAUCACCCGGCGAUAGUGAUGGUGUUACUAAUUUUAGCGAUAGUGUUCUAGGGUUAAAGAGUCGUAAAAAACACAAGAGAAAAAAUCUUAUCUUCCUACAAACAAUUCAACUUAUACAUUAUUUACACCAGGAGAGUGAGGAAGACAUUAGGGGUCUAUUGAGUUCAAAGAGUCCUAUUUAACCUCUGCUCUUUCUGUAUCUACAGACCAGCUCUAAAAACAGAUAAGAAAGCUUUGAGGCUGGGGUCAAACAGGGGGCUACAGUGAAGACAUUUCUGAUUUGGGGGACUUCAGUGUCUUUAUGUGAAGAAAUAGUGAGUCUAACCUCAUGUUGUGCCACGGCUUAGCUCCACCCUCAGCUCCAGUCCUGAUUUUCAGGACUGGUUACCUCUAGUCUGGAAAAUUAUAUGGAGAGAGAGCGAGAGAGAGAGAGAGAGAGAGGUCCCAGCUCCAUGCUCCAUCCCUGGUGUUCUUGCUUUCCCCGUCUUUGUCCCCGGAACUUGCACUCACUCCUGGGUGUCCACUAGGGUUUUUUGCUCGCAUCUGGAUCCCAGUACGGACUAUCGUACAGUUGAGUGUCCCGUCUCACAGAAACCACGGCCUCCGCAACUUUGAAAAGAGAGCAAGAAAAGACGAAAGGAGAGAAGAAGAAAACACAAACUACCCCGGCUACUUCACACCGACACCUCUACUCUCGUGGUUUGAGCUGGAUCCUCGUCGAGACUGUGAAGUGUGAACUUUGUGAUUCUUUUCUUGAAGUGACCAAAGUUUCUGCGCCUUCAAAACUUUUUAAACUCGUUUCUUCGCUUUCGUUACGCUCAAGUCUGGACCUCGAUACUUACCUCUUGUAGCCCAGCAUUACACUUUCGACGCUGUGUGUGUGUUGAAGGUUUAUUUCGGUGUUUUCCCCCCUCUCAGAGUGGUUUCAGAGCUGCUGUGAAUGAAGAAGUAUCUGUUGAGCUGAAGAAAUCAGCGCGUCUCCAUGAGGAAACUCAGCGUGGGAGUCGCUGAAACUUUGUCCUAGCUUACACACACACACACACCUGAGCGAACAUUUUCUAAUUCUCUGCAGGUAUUUUUUCCACCUUUUUUUGUUUGUCACCGACACAACAUGAAGACGCUUUUGGUGCUGUGUGUAGCCUGCACGGUGGUUUUGUCGUCCGCUUCGGGGACUGCGGAGCAAAAGUUGAAAAACUGCAACGAAGUUCGUGUUGCUUACAGCUCCAAAGGCUUCAACGCCAACGAUGUCCCUAACAAAGGAGUCAGCGGUGAGUUUUCAUGCCUUUACUUCACUUUAACUCCUCACUCUUUUUCUUUAAUCCACUGAAGUAUACGCUGGUGGUUCCCAAAGUGGAGUUCGGGGACUCCUCACGGGUCCUCAUAAGGUGGCCCGGUGGUCCUGAAGUUAAUGAGAACUUUAGAAAGUUUGCAACUUUAGCUUAACAUAGGACUGGGUAAAGGUCAGUCAUGUUUCUUUCAGGUACUUAGUAUCCAGCAGUACUGCGAAAGUAGACAGCGGCACCGACUUCAGGCUGUUAUGUAUUCAUGAUGGUUUUCAUCAAGAAUCUCCUCAGAAUGGUCUGAAGAUGAAGAUCUAAUAGUACAGAAAGACAGUAAAACUGACAGUUUUAAAUGUAGUUUUUGUGCCUCUGACAGCCUCCGCAAGUAAAUGUUUUUCUUCAUACAAGCACAGUGCUUUCUCAUGUGUUAAAAGUUACAGUACAUUGUUAAGUUGGGGGAAAGUAGCUGUGAAACAUUUGGGGAUAAAUUCUUCAGCCAAAUGUGCUGUUGGCAACCAUCCACUGCAGCUCUGGGUAAAUAUAGUCCUCAUAGGAAAUACUUCUAGGUAAUUCAUAACAAUAAAGAAGUAUAAUCAACACACAGGCUCUGUUCCCCACUGAAAGAAGCCAGGCCUGUGUUUAUUUCCCGGCUUCCUUAACAGAGACUCCUAUGGCUGUGAACUGCAGGCAGCCUGCCAUGGUUUACUAAACACUCCUGUGCUCUGUGAAGAAAUAUGACAGGUCCUUUUGUAUUUUAUUUCACUUAGUUUUAACUUUCCGGGAUAGUUUGAUUUGGCAUAACAUAUGCAUUGCAAGCACAUGUCCUUCUUCUACUUCUACCUCAGCAGGACAGGAUGUAACACACCAACUAAGAACACUAGGAAAGAAAUCGGACCUGCUCAAACUACAGCAGUAGAGAGGUGAUAAGGCAAAUCAAUUUAGCUAAUCAAGAGUUAAACCAAAGUGAUGGAAACAUACAUAGGGGGGCUUACAGUGGAGGCUUGUGGGGAGCAGGGGGAUGGGGGUUGGGGUUUGAAAUUCCACUGUGCUUCGCAUACUUUAAAUCCCUCCCCUCUCUCAUUUCCCUUUCAUUUUUUAUGGUGGUUUGAAUGAAUAUGCACACACAGAUUCAAAACCCAUAAUCCAGUCAGGUUUGGUUUGCUGUGGUUUUCAAACAAUGUAGAUGUAGGUCUUCCCGGCUUUGUGGCUGUCAAGUUGGGGUCUUGAGUUCUUUCUUUUUUAGAGUAAUGCUGGUACACAUCCAAGAGCAGCCAAUCUGUGCGAGGUCUCUUUACUGUGUGGAUAUCAUUCAACAGUUAUGAAGGAUUUGACGCUUAGAAAGUUCAAACCAUCUAUUUCUGUUGAUGCCACGCUGGCUCAUCAGAAUUUAAGUUAUAAUUUAGUGUCAAAGAGGCAGUAAAGCCUGGUUUUCUCACAUUUAACACAGCCCCGAGGCUCUUGUUUUCUGCGAGGAUAUCUUUGUGGUGCCAAAUUUCAUUUGGACUAUCCCCAACAUGUCUGCAGUGGUCAGGUAAAACUUUCUUGAAUCUCUGGCUUUCAAAGAAGGGUCUAAUUGGAGGCAGUUUUAUCGUGUAGAUUUGUCUGCCUUACACCUUUUUUCUUGCAAUGAAUUCCUGAUUGGGCAGCCCUUUUGUUAUUGAAAGAGACCAAGAUAAUUGAUCUAUAGAAAGCAACGAGGUCUACUGUCAUUAAAGAGAAUCUGGGGUCUCAACAAAACAAGAAGCAGCUACAGAAGCGCUGCUUUCUUUCAACAGUUUAUGUUGCUGACCCCAGAUUUGUGGCCAAAAGUUUGUAGGUACUCUUCUGUCCUUUUGUAACGGGUCAAAGUCCAAAAAACUCAGUUCUUCCCUGACAAAGACAAAGUUAAAACUGAACUACAUGUGUGGUACAGACAAGUUCAAGUGCCAGUUCCCUGCACAAAUAUUUCAAUGUAAGUCAGUAAUUAUUAAAGAAGUUGCUGAUGGGUAAAACAUUCUCCCUCCAGGUGUGUCCAUGUCGGCAAAGAAAUCUUGAUAUUUUGUGGUUUUGCCAAUAACAACAACUGGUGAUAAUGUGCCUCCUUCAUCAGAUAGGUUUGUAAAAGUCUAGUGUGACAUUAGCCCGCGGUUAGCAGCAAGCUAAAGUAAGAACAUUAUUUCUGGAUAAAAAAUCAAAAUGAGUCACAAAAAAAACCAAAACAAAACUUGACGGUUGGUUGACCAGCCAUUCAUGAACCUUUGCAUAUCCUUCCAAAUUGAAAGUAAAACAAUCAGACUGUGAGCCGUCAUUUACAUGUUACAGCAGCUGCUCUUGGUCAUAGUCUGUCGAUUUUAGUUUUAUAUUCAAAGCCAAAUUAUCUCUAUUUUUUUAACUUCAGCUGUGCAGGCAGCUAUGCUUGUUGCGAUAUGUUGGUACUUUAUUACCUUCCAAUGUGCAGUAGGAUCCUCUUAACAACAACUGAGAUACCAUAUUACAGAAAUAUGUCACACCCCAACUGACCACACAUACAAACUUUUAAUAUUGCACACAUUUAGUCAUUUUCAGGGACCUCUUGAGCCAACUUUAACUGCGUGAGUUGAAGAGAAGCCAUACUUUGUAUGUUUCUCAGUAUUUCUGCCAGUUGUCACAGAAGAUGUAGUUUAUGAAACGCUUAUCUCCUUUGAUAUAACCAUCAUGCACAGAUAAACAAAAUAUGAGACUUAUUGGAGACGCAGGGUUUAAAACUUGCCUUUCUGUAACUGCAAACAUCUUGUGUUGUUGUUGGCGGUGCAGAGAUAAGAAUGUUUGUUACCAUUCAUAUUACAGGCAGGCUCAGCUGAAGCCAACUUGAGAUUCAAUAAAGAUGUUUAUUUUUUUCAUGUAAAAGUGAAAUCAAGACCCCGUUUGCUUCUGUAGACAGAAUUCACUAAUGCAGAGGAAGAGCAGGCUCAGUUGGUAAAUUCCAAGUUGAUCCCAUGGUAUCAAUCUUUUACCGCUCACGUGGAAGCAGUUAAAGAUCUCAUUUCCAAGUUUCUUGUCUGCUUAAGGAUGAUUUGUUUUGGGCCUUUGGUUGAAUACCUCUCUCAAAAGGGGAGAUAAAUAACACUCAGUCUUUCUGAUGAAGGGUGAUCCUUUUGGGAAUCGCUCACAGUCUAAAUGUUGGUUUUACAGACUUAACCCAUCCUUUGAUAGAAGGUGGUAUAUCUUUCUUAAUGGUUCAAGGUGAGACUCUCUGCAUAUCAAACGAGAACUUUGAAGCACUUCUGCGCUGUUGCAUCAUGGACCCGCUCUUCAAGCUCAGCCUGAAAGCAGCACGGUUAACACUGACCAGAUUGGUAUCUGACAUGUCAAAGGCCUCUUAUUUCAGGGCCAGACAGGUCCUGAGCUUCCCUUUUUUCUACAGCUCCUUUAGCCAAAUCUGUUUUGGUUUACUCUGGCAGUCAGGCUUGAUGUCAUGCUUCAGGUAUGGGACAAUAGCAGAGAUCAAAGAGAAGAGGGUUGUUUUUCCCCCCUUCAGUACGAGGAGCAUCCCCUGUUCAAAAUCAGUUCAGCGUAUUAUGACUGAAACUCAAAGCGUGCAUGACCUCAGCGUGUUGGCCUUUGGGUGAGCUGGAGACCUUCUACAGUCUCACAGUGUGAGGGCUCCUCCCCCCUUAGCUGAUGGCCCCAUACCCUGCAUCAUUAUGAUAAGGGAAAUAAUAGGUUGUGUUAUUGCAGUGACAUCCACCAGAUAAGACAAGAGCAGGGAACUGGGGCACCCACUUUUUAUGGCUCAGAGACCAAUAUUUGAGUGGCUCUGUGGCCUGGUAUGUCAAACACCUGUAAUCAUUAACUAGCAUACUACCAGCCAAGUGUCUUGACUUGCCUUUCAAGGUCAGUCCAAUAAAACUUCAACCCCACUCUUUGUUUUAUGUAAAACCCUGAGCAAGUCGACCCACAGAGAAUCCCUCCAGGGCUCCACACAUCGACGGAGUUACAUCACUUCAUUUUUAAAUACUUGUAAAAAACUAUAGAGAAAGACUUCACCAUCAUAUUCUUAGAAUAAUCCAGUUAAAUAUUUAAAGCAAAGUUGUAAUUUUCUCUCAGAUGUUCUCAUGUGAAGCAGACCAUGAGAUGACCUUUAAUAAAACCAUGUAGACCCACACAUAUAUUUAACUCCACACUCCUCCUGCUGUCACUUUCAAAAUGCACCACUGUCGAAUACUUUUCAUGUAGUUUUUAUUCAUCACUUGAAAGAACAUCACUCUGAGACCCAACUGGUUUUGUGCCAGACUUCAAGGGAUCAAACAGUCUGAGGUGAGCCAUCAGCAAGUCCCCCUCAGAGGUGUGGCUACAAACCAACGGUAAACUCACACGUUCAAGUCUGACUCAUGCUAGUAAAAAAGAGUUAGUCAUGGUGCAAAAUAUAAGCUUUAGAUUGGAUUAAAGGACACCAUGUUUGUAGAAACCUCUUUGAAACCAUUACCCACAUAAACACAGUCACAGCUUUAAAUUUAAAGAGACGUUCUAUUCUGGAUUUUAAACGUAAUCUUGUAAAAAGUACUUAUAAUAGUUGGUGUAAUAUGACUUCAGUCUGAGUAAAGUCAUUUUCUGCUCAUCAAUGUGCGCUUAGACUUAUAAGCUGCACAAAUAUUAAUGUAAUGAUAAUUUGAAGGCCAUUAUAAAUGUGUACGGGCUAACAUCAAAUACUCCCUCAGCAGACACAGUAAUCUCCGAUAACAUUCCUAAGUGAUGGGAUAUUCUUCGGAGCUUCCUCGAAGCCAUCCUAGCGCUUCUUUUCUCUUGCCUUAUAUGCCGAUUCUUGAAGUCAGUUGUUGACACUAAACUGAAAACUUGGAAAUGCCGGUAAUUUAGGUUGGAUCAGCAACUGUAGUAACACAAUAAUCUCAGCCUUCAUGACUGGCUGCAGCUUUUGUCAGCUUUCCUCCUAAAACAGGUACAGAUUACACAAAAAUGUAAAGAUGGGAAUGCUUGGAAGUGAUGUAUUCGGCAUUGAAAAGGCAACAGUUAUCAUUAAUGAUGUUGAAUUAUCUACUUUUACUUUUAUAGGUGGGUUAAUUUUUUUAUUCCCAUUGAAGAUACCCUAGUGUGCCGUGUGCAGCAGCUUACAGGCUCAGUUGCUUGUAAAAAAAGAGUUUCAUCCUCCAGCAGCACUGCAGCUUUGCUUGUGAUACAUUUUGACGAUUAUUUGUGUUUCAUGUGAGAUAGUUUCCUUCCUCCCUGAAUGUUAAAAGGUGUAGGACGGUGAGUUGGAGCUUCUCCCUGGAGGUUUCCUUGUUGAUCAGAUAAAAGCGGUGAUAAUGUGUUGGUUCCUGUUGCUCCCUGCCCUGUCUAUGUGACAUUCAUUCCCUGCUCGGUGAGCCUCCAGGAUAAUUGAGUUUAGAUAUCAUGAAGUUGAGGUCUUAUGAAGGGAUGGGGGGGGCUCGCUGUGACUUCUAGUGUCCAGAUGGGGCCAGAGAAGGGGGGGGCAGUUCCACGUGCCUGCCAGCUCCACCACUAUCUCGCCUCGGUAAUCAACUUCCUGCAAUCACAGAGUAGCAGCUUUCAGAGGGGGCUCUCCUGGUGUCCGGUUCUGCUCUGCAAGCAACACCAGCCUUAUCUUUGCUGCAAAAUAAACCGGCUUAUCACACAGAGUGCAAAAAUGAGGGCUAAACACGGAUGGAAUUUACAAAUGAUCCCAACACAACUUUUUUGUGAAUUGAUUAAAUGUCCUUGUAAAAUAUGAGAAUAAUGGUAGAUAUUUCUGGAGUUUGUGUGAACUACCUGUCAAUUGUGAUGAGAGCUGGUUUGGUCCCUUUGUUGAGAAAGUAUCUCAGUCAGACAUAGCUAAAGCACUUACAAAGAUUAACCAUCUGACACAGAAAUGUCUGAAGAGUUUAUUUCAGCUCACUCCUCUUUUCUAAAUCUAAUGGUGUAUUUUCAUAAUGUAAGCAUAUCUUGUGGACGACAGGUUGUGCCAUCAUGUAAAAAGCUGAACAUGUACUUUAAAGACCCACAUCCAUUUGGCUUUCUGACUUUGGUAACGUGCCGUACAGCAGGAGGCUCUUUGGUGAGCGGUGAAAACUUUAGCCAAACAUCGUGCAACAGAUGCUAUCUCUGAUACAGAAAGGUCUUGAGGUAUUGUUGGUACCAAGCUGUUUUCAGUGUCAAUCAUUGACCCAAAGGUGUCCAGCUCCUCCGCUACCGUGGGUGGAAACAUGCCCUCUUUCAGCUCAUUACGACUGGGUUGUGUCCAGGUAGGCGCACAUGUAACAGUCAGCAAAACCCAUUCACCAGAGGCUGACAGGAUGUACGUUGAGUGAUGAAACACAUUUUGUUCAUAUGAUACCGAAGUUUCAUCCCCUGUGCCUCCUUUCCUUGUUUGUUGAAGUUUUGUUUACUACCUGGUAUCCUAGCAGCACAUUCGUGCCAUCCAACUUCAGCGCAACCUUUGAAGCAUGUUCAAACUCUGAGGCCAGUUUUAGUUUGAUUGAGCCUCAGAGAAAACUGAUCCCUGUCAGAAUCAUCCAGGUUUCAAUAAAUCAGCUGUUUGAACAACGUGUAAAUGUGCAGACUUUUGAGAAGUACCUCAUGUGAUACAGCUUUCAAAAAACCCAAACUGUCCAUUUAAUGAUCAUGCAUGCAGACCAAAAGUCCUUCCAUCUUCCUGCAACACCCCCCCAACACACACACACGCUUCUUAAAAAUUGCAAAGUGAGCGGCAGACAAGAGGGGGUAGAUGCUGUGUGUGGGAACAAUUGAGUACCCCCUUUUAGGCUGGCCUGCCCCCCUCCACCACAUUCCACACCAGACCACCAAGACCUGCACACAGGGAGCCCUGGAGCUGGGAACACACAGCAACAAAGAGCGCUGGAGGAACCGACUGAGGUGUUCGGAGAAAAAGAGAGGGAGAUUUGACUGACAGGAAAGAUUAGUCAAACUGAAUAUCCCAGAGAUAAGGGGAGCGGGGCAGCAGGAUCCAGACAGUAACUGUAUGUUAAGGACACAUGCUCCGGGAAUCAGGGGAGGUAACUGCAGGCAUACAUGUGCUGUGACUCAUCGUUGUUCAGUCAUGCAGACAUGUUCAUACAGCCAGUAACCCCUCCACGAAUUCAUGUCUGUCUAACACAAAACAAGGUUUAACACAGCUUUUAGCACCUCAGGGUGAAUCUGUACGGGUCCUUUUCUGAUGCAAACUGUGUGAAAUCCUGAUCUGACUUUGUGGUUUUUUCAUACUUUGACUCGAGGGGAGAGACCCCCGAAAACUCCUUGUUAACACGUCCUGUUUGCGCGCUGUUAAAGUCAACCCUCUGCUUCCUGGUUCUGACUGACACAUCAGUCCAUUUUCUCCUCCACCAGCUCUCUUUUUAGCAGCUCCUCUGGGAGGUUGUGUUUCACUCCUAAUCUUUCCUUUCUCCACCAUCCCUCAGUGAUUUCCUCUCCUUUACCCAGUCAGUUGUGGGUUUGCUUGUGGUUUUGCUGCCAUGCUCCAUUCAGACAUUACAGCCUUUGCCCAAUGUUUGCUUUUUAUCUUUGUAGUUGUCUGUAGUUGAAAAGCUACAAAGGAUGACGCCUUUACCGGAACUAGACCACUCCUCGGAUAAACCCAAAUCUCCUUGUGGCUCUAUUGUUUCAUAAUCCUCUCUGAUAAAACACUGCCAAUAUCCCACCUCAACCUCUCUGCAUAAUUCAGCUCAUCUGACGUCUGUCUGUGGGCUGUGGUGUAAUUUUUCGGUUCCUCUGAUAUUUGAGCCUCCGUACAUCUCCUUUGUGUUGAUCACCCUAGUGCUGGUGUCACUCCACCAGCUGUGAGGAGUGUGGCGAGGGACUGUGGGCUCUGAUCUUAAGCUUCCAGGGGUGUAGUGUGGGCCCCGUUACCUGACAAGUCUUUGCAAGUGCUAGCUGCCAAUGUGGGGAGUGUGGUUAUGAUAGUGAUGUAACUCAAGCUAAGAUAACAGAUUUCCAAUAAAGCCACAGUGAGCCUGAUGUCUGCGAUGACGGUCGUGAUCACCAUUGUGAUUUGUGCGACUCGUCAGAGGCUCCUGUGGUUUAGCAGAGCGGCGAGGGAGCCGAGCCAGGGACUUGACUGGGUGUUUGGGCUGAAACCCCAGUGUUGGGUGCUGGCCAGAUGAGCUGUAAUCCCUGCUAAUUACUCCCAAGGCCCACUGACGAGGGAGUCACUCACACUUAGCUCACUUUUCCAAACUGCAGUUACCUUAAUAGGUUUCCUCUUAUUAAUCUCAUCCCUCUGUGUACUGCUCUUCUUUUGAAUUAUACUGUUUGAGAUAUGGUGAUAGCUUCACCGUCCUAGUCCUAGUUUACAAGUAUAAGUACACCCACUUCCACUACAGUAGGUGGCGACAUGUCCCCUUUCAGCUCAGAACUAUCAGGUCGUCUCUCGAUCAACACAGUACGUGUGAAAACACGUUAGCAAGAGGCUAAUGGGAUGUACGUCAAUUUUACUGCUCCGUACGAAAGGAAGGUUUUGUCUUUUUUUUUACGCCCUUUCUUCAUAUGUUGAGGUUUUGUUUUUGCUACCAGGCUUCCUAGAAACGUAUUCAUGCAAUUUAACUUCCAGCUUGAACCCCUGGUGUGGGAAGCCUGGAGCUUGCUCAGAACACUCGGCCAGUUUCAGUCCAAUCAAGCCGCAUACAUGGAAAAGAAAAUCCCUUCUCCAGACCGCGUUAUCCAGGUAUGCUAGCUGGACUAUUACAAGUUUGAUUUAGAGCGUUUCAGUCAGACUAAUGUGUUUACAUAGUUUUUAAAAAUCCAGUUUCAGUCAGACUAAGAUAAUAAAUCAGUUAUUUGAACUGCAUGCUAAUCUAGUAAUUCUCUGGCUGCUUCACGCUGAUCCACGGAUUUGACUGAAAGGUAAACGUCGUGUCUUAUCGCCAAGACUUCAACUCAAAGAAAUGAAGAAGUCUGUCUGUUGAUAAGUGGGGAACAGAAAAGACCCACAUGAAAGGAUCAAAUACUCGGUUGAGUGAUGUCUCUGAGGCUGCAAAUCAUCUGGUCAGUACAUUUUCGGGGUGGUUUUUGCGGGCAGAAAAAUAUUAGCUGUUAUGUUGGAAUGUGAGUGAACUCUCCAGGGGUUGGCGUAUCGUACAUCAUAGAAAGAGAAAGUAGCUUUGAUUUAUCGACGCAGUACAUAUAGUCAGAGCAGGCUGGGCUUUCCUUGAGCGAGGCCCAUUAAACCAUCUCACCGUUUAGACUUUCUCGUCCCUUUGACAGCCGGCGGUGAGUGGUUCUCUUCCCACUGCCUCAGACGGUGUCCGGUUUCGUAAAGCCCAACAGGUAUAUCAGAACCUUUGUUGCCCUUUUGUAGCUUUGAGCUCCCAGAAACCCGAUCAUAUACCUGACCUCAUUCUGCCUGGGGGGUUCGCCGGCCCCUGUCCCGUCUCAACAUCUGGUGGACUUCAGCUGCUUUUGGAUGUCUGUUAUAAACAUUGGCAAAGAGCUCCCUGAUCGUAGGUAGAGUUUGCUUGCUCUGACGGGUUCAGGUGAAAUGAAUGGCUGGUGUGUUGUAAGUGGAGUUUUUCCAAUUCGUCUUAUCUUGAGUUAAAGAAAAUUUCUGCUGUGAUAUAUUUAAUAAAACUCAAACAGAAAAUAUCAACAACCCGGCCUAAGAGAGUUAUUUUUCAAGGGUGCAGCCUCGUUGGAUUGUCUUGUGUGUGGCGUUUGAGCAACAUGUGUGAAGUACAUCUUAAAGCCGACCUAUUUGUCAGCUCAACGGUAGUCCAUUUCUUUGACAACACAACAGUGUUUGCGCAGGGUCCCCUGGUAAAGCACUCAGCCUUAAGUAAAGAGUGUUUUUUAUCUUCCCCUUUAAAGUCUUGUUUUCAUUUGUGUGCCAUGAGUCAGUGGAAAGACAGAGGGCUGGAGAAGGGGGACAAGCCAGGAAGGUCUUUUGUGCUUCCUUUUUUCUCCUCAUCUUCUCUUCCCUCCUGAUAAUCAAGCUGUGCUGUAACUUGUCCUUGCCAUCCGUCUAAAACCUCUGCCUGUCUCUGCAAAUCUAAAACAUAACACAGUCUUGCUCUCCUUCGUUUUCUUGUCUUUCACUCCGUCUCUAUCCUUCACACACACACACACACACACUCACGUAUGUCUGGGUGGUGUCUAUUGUAGUGGGACUAGAUGAAAGACGGUAACUCUGCGGCUCAUCAAAGGCACAAAAACCUGAAAGAAAGCUUAGAAAUAUUAGAGCCGUUUUCAACGUGACGUCCUUCUGAUAGAUAGUUUUAUUGUUGAGAGGAGACCCGGCAGACUGAUGGGAGAAACAGUUUUUUAAACAUUUUAUUUUUUAUUUUUUGCAGUUUGUCCAUGAUACCUUUAAAACAGACGGCUGUGUUUGAAAAACUAGGCUGAAGGUUUUUGCAGAUCUGAAUGGCAGUCAGAAAAAUCACUAAUGAUCUCUGUAUUUACCAGAAGGAAGUGUAAAAAGUCUCAUAGUUUGUGUGUUAUGUUAUCAAAUUGCCCUAAAUCAAGUCUUGUCUUGAUGCUGUCUUCUCUGUUUGAAGACUGACUCCUCCAUGACCAUGUAGAUACAUAUAUCUCUGUCCUCUUCAUAACUAAGAGACAAGACAAGCGCACGCUUUUUCUAACAAUCUUUCACUUCCAUCAUCUCAUGUCAGUGAUGCUGUUCCCAUAUUUCUUGAUGUCUUGUUGAUCCUUUUUUAUUGAUUUUUAAAAAUUCGCUCUCAUGUGACUUCACCAUGUUGUUAUCGUGUUUUUUAAUAUAAAGCCUGUUUCAUACCACUAAAAACUGAUCUAACAGCCAAAUUUGAUUAAGUAUAACCUAGUUAGCAGGAGGAUACAGACUAUAAAAUAUAACAUGUACCAAUCACUCUGUAUUGAUAAUAAUCACCAUUUUUGACAUGACUGAGGCUGCAUAAAUCACCUUAAUGUCAUUAUUCCAUCAGUCAGCGUGUCUUUAAAAAACAUAUUUCUAAGGAAAAAGGAAAAAAAAAACACCUUUUAUCCAUUAAACUACUUUUAACAUGAAUACUCAAAUCUGUGCUUUUAAAGUUUCAAUCACAGAGACUUUUUUUUGAUGAGGGGACUUUAUUUUAUAAUUCAGCUCCCUUAAAACCUACUUAAUACUGAAUACCAACUAAAAACAGACAAAGCACCUAGAAACAAGCUCGACAACACAAAUACAGCAGCCUUUUAAACGGAUGAAAUUAAGGAUGUGUCGCAUGUUACAGUCAUUAUCUUCAUCUUCAGUAAAAAUCUUGAGCUCAGUUCUCCUCUACUGCUGCAUGACGGCUGAACUAAGAGCUACAACAUGUUUGUAUCACGGCACAGCCUUCUUUGUAUGACUCAAACAUAAUGAAAUCAUGUUGCCGCACAGACUGACGUAGUUUCCAAAGAAGGGCUGGACCAGAGGUGAAAUUAUUGACACAACAAUCAUAUGAGGAACCGCUACAUCUCAUUUUGUGCCUGAUUAAUACAGAAUAAAUUUCUUCUGAUGUGUCUUUGCUCUCAUACUAGGUUGAAUAUUUCUUUACUCUUAUACACAGAGGAAAGUCUUUCAAAGCUGUGAUGGAGACAUUAAAAAGCACUGCUCCUUUUUUCUACUCUACACUCUGUAGAUGCAGAGGUCACAGUGAAAGACUCAGCGUUCUGUUUAAUUUGUCGCAUCUAUUUCCCCCAUAGAUGAUUUCAUGUAAUGAAUGGUGCAGCUUGUUGUUUCUGAACAUCUGCAGUGGUCUGAAUUUGAUCUCUGACUUGUUGAAUUUUCUCUGUGAAGUGCAGCAGCAGCAGCACGUUGAAACCCUGACAAAGCAGUGACCUGGGAAGUAGUGUAGGCAGGGUCCUUUUGUGUUGUGGGACAAAGCCGGAGAUGCAGAGCUCGGACAGGAGAGGGAAAUGGACAGAGUGAGAGGCCGGCGGUAUGUUGUGGGAUCUCUCCAGGGGCUUCUGGGUAAAUGUUCAUGGAUGACAGCGUUUUGGAAUGUUCUCAAAUGGAGAGUUUUGAUUGGCCAGAAGACUCAACUGGUUUACUAAUCAGAAAUGAACUCCAAGUGGCUGACAGUGCAGAUUUAUGGUUCCCUGUGUGUCAUUGGUCCAAUGGUAUUUGCUCCUGAAAUUAAAUAAGGAUUUAGAAGAAAAAAAACAGGUGUAAAUUUGACUACUACCUACUAAUAAAGGAGACAAACUUAUGUUUAAGGAUUUUUGUCGCAAUGAAUCACUGAUGUACAAAAAUCACUUUAAAAGACCUGAAACUUGUUACAGUGUUCAGUAGCAGAAAAGUCUUUCCUGUUUUAUUCACGCCAUGUCACAGGCAAAGUUUUGGUAGCUGGAAGUUUUGACAGCUCUGUUAGGAAAAGAUAUUCAAAUCCCUUUAUUAAAGAAAGAUUAAUUUUUCAAAACAUUAUCCUCAGCACUGUGACCAGCUACUAUAGCUGAAACUACUUCCUCCAGAGAGUAAUCUGUGCAAACCAACACUUCCUGCCUGAUUAAAGGAUGGGGAGCAUUGUUCUGAGGGCUGUAAAUCUCUCAUGUCACAAGCGCUGCUGGUGUUUCCCCACAUUUACCACUGCUGAGAGGUUUUCUCCGAGUUGUAGAUGCCUUGAUUUAUGGAGGAAACUGGUGCCCUGAUUCAUGAGCUUGAGCUGAUUCAUUGGUCGAAUUGAAAUAAGGAGUUUUCUUCAUCCUGUUCGAGGUGGCUGAUUUCAGAUCAGUUGACUAAAUGCUGAGAGGAAAGUCACCUGAUCGAAGCAUGAUAAAAAAAAAAAGUACAUUCAAUGUUUUAAGUCGGAUGAAUAUAUCUUUAAAGGUUACUGCGUCAUUAGUUAGGAUUAAAGACUCCCUUUUUAUGCUGGCAGCUGACUAUCUCACCACAAAAUGUUCAAAAUGUUCAGUACUGAUUUGAGUCAGUGAAUUGAUUGUUUUAUGUGCACUACCCUGAAACCAGAGAGAGGACAUGCUUUUGAGAUUCUCCUGAUAUAGAAUGUAAAUCUGAUCAUUCUGCUUAUGAACUGUUUGCUUUUAUUUCAUAAUUAUUUGCUCUCUAUCAGCACAGUGUUUUACAUAAUGUUGUAUGUAUAAGGAGUUUCUUUGCUAACAUCCGCUCCCCUUGUUAUGUAAUUCUGCAUCUGAUGUACUUUAUGAAGCUCGUAUUGUAAACUCUAGCGACAGCUAAAAGAAACUAUGGGCCUCUGAACACAACCAGAAGUAACCAGGAUUGUGGUGAUGACUCCUGAGAACAGAACUAGAGCGAACUAAGCCACAAAUGCAUAGAUAUGUCACAAUAGAUUUCACCUAAUAACUUGAAAUGUUGAGUGGCUCUGACUGGAAUUUCAUGGUGGUUUAUUUACACCCUGUUAUGUCUCCGCUCCAGUGAACAGCACACAGAGGCUUAAUGAUUGGACAAAGUCGCUCCCCCACUGAUCCUCCAGUGUAGGUGGCAGAGGCAGUAUCACAGUAUGCAGUUGGUGAUAUGAUAGGAGGAUGAUAUUGGUUCUUUAGAAGUUGGACUUUUCUGAUCAACUAUGUCACUCAUGCACCAACUCUCCUUCUUGUACCACUUUGGGUGUUAGAAGAGUGUGACGGCUUCUCAAUAGCAAGGUUUGUGGUACGAUGCCAAACUGUCCUUGUGAAAAUCAAGGUGACAGAGUAUAGGCUACUGUGCUCCCAUAAUACUAAGCUCUCAGUAACAUAGUCAGCUGCGUGUGGAUGUAAUCAGCUGAAACUGGUGAUUCUGUAGAAGGGGGCGAAAGGACUAGAAAAGCUCUAUACAGGUCUGUUUACAGGUGAGUUAGCUAAGGCUAGCAUCAGCGAGCUACAUUUAUUACUCCACAAUUCACCACAUUUACUGGUAUAAACUCACUCCUCGGUUCACUGGUUGUUGAUGCUGCUGGACCCACUCUCUGUGGACGCAGGCUGAUGAGGUUUUGCUGUGGAAAAACAGAAUAAUCAUGUCUGGAGUCCACAAGCUAAUUAGCAAGCUAGCUAAAUAGUGAGAUUUCGAUUUCAUAAAGGUUUUCUGUUCAUUCGUCUCUUCAGAGAGAUCUACAAGAACUCUACAUUUUGGUGAAUAGAUCCCCCCCAUUGAUGUUUUUUUAAUGGAAGGAGAAAGCAGUUUCAACAUGACGCACUCAGAAAGCUGUAAUAACUCAAAGACACUGAACAUUAAUAUUUGUCACGUUUGACUGUACUCUGAUGAUUUUACCAGUGAGUGGGGUCCAGAUUUUAAAAGCGAUCUACCUAAAAGUUUGUAUUGAUUUUGGUGCCCCCUAUGGACAAAGUUAUACCUCGGACCUCUUUGCAAAAGUUUCAAGAACAUUAAUGCUCCAAAUUCAGUCUAACAUUGUUGUGUUUCUUACCUCCACACACUCCCUUUUACACUGUAUUGUACACUUCAGACCUUGAAAUGAAGCGACACUGAAGAUUCAUAACACCAUCAGCCUUUCUGUCCAUCCUUCAGCCCAUGAGGUCGGUUAUUCCUGGAGACACUAAGCUGCAGUCAAGUGAAACCCAUUAGAGCAAAGAAAUGGACAAGGUUUGGCAUUACUGCCCACCAUUUUGUUACAACACUUCAGUCACAUCCAGAAGUCUCCUGCCAGCACUCUCAGGCUCUUUUUGACUUCUCUAAUGAACUGACAGCUGAGAAGAAGCAUUAUUUGUGUGGCCUAAGAUGCCAUAAACUUGUCAUUACUCUUUCUUGUGAGCGGUUGAAGUGUAGAAACAGAGUAGGUGAAAGUAUGGCCCUGCCCUGAUUACCUCCAUAUGAACAGCAGAGUCUUCAAUUAUGGUUUCCACUUACAGCUCAGUGUUGUUGAGCGUUUUCUCCCUUUGCUGUGAUUCUGCUUCAGCUCAGAGUACACUUGUGUUUCAUGUGUGCAUUAUAAAUCAAUGAUGUGAACAUUUAUAAUAUGGUAAUGCAGACACAGUCCUCAGCCAGCGUCCAUUCUUAAAUCUCUGUGCUGUUGCAGGGAAACUUUCAAUAACGUGUUUGACCAAUCAGAACAUAAGACAGGAUUUGAAGUGCUGAGGUCGAUCCCCUCCAGCAGAAGUCUGUGGUUGUUGUAAGCAGUAUCCUAAUGUGAAAGUGUGUGGGUGUUUGAGUCCCCUGCAGCUACUCCUCCAGCCCAUUAAUAUGAAUCAGGUCUUAGUUAGCUCGUCUAUUUAAAAGCUUCAUAUUCAAUGUCAUAUGAAGAAAAAUACAACAUUAAUUAGCUUGAGGUUAAAAAAUGGGAAACUGAUGGUUGUUACUUGUUUUAUAGAUUUAUUGUUGAAAUAAAACUAUCACGUGCAGCACAUCCAUCAUUCUGAGUACACUUGUUAACCUUGUGUCAAAACCAAAUGUCAAAGUCAAUACAAACUUUAUCUUUGAAGUUAUUUACUGAUGAAGCCACAAGUCAAAGGGCUAAUUUAAUUUCUUUGCUGAAGACUUAUUAUCAGGAAUGUUAGAAACAUUGAAAUGAAUAGAAAAAGAAAAUGAACAUGUGACCUGAAAAGAUGCUUUUUUCUCUUUUAAAAUACACAAACUGAAACAGCAGAGAUCUCGCAUGACGGGGGUUCGACAGCAUGCUCAAACAGGAAAGAAUUAAAGAGGGACUGGGCCCAAAAACAACUUGCUGUCAUUUUAGAAAUGAGAUACUCAGCUGUGUUGCAGCCUUCUUUCCAAACACGCUCCUUAUGGUCCAUGUUUGAGCUAGUUAACAAAUUUGACUGUCUAAUCUGUUUCUCAAAGAGACAACAGGUCCAGCUCAUGUUGUUGUUCAUGACUGGAGAACAGAAAGGUAUCCAGCAAAUGGCAGCGAUCCUUUAACCCCCUUUACCCCUGCAGGAUAAUAACACCCUCGACCGAGUUGAGUAGCAGGAGAGUGUUAUUGCUGCAGGGCGUGUAAAUUUACAGCAGUCUGUGUGAGUAAUGCUCAGCAGACUGGCAGCACUUUCCCUUACAUGUUACAGCAAGGAGCAUAAUACCCCAAUUAUUAGUCAACCUUUGUAGCUGGAAGUGCUGCUUUGUAUUCUUCACUCUGAACAAGAUCAGAAUUGAACUUUGGAUGCAGAAACUUUACCAACUUGGAUACGUGAAUGUCAACACACCGUUCAUUGUCUAAAUUAAGUCUCCUCUUGUUUAGCGGGGUUAAAUUUGUGUUCACAUUGAUUUGAAGUAGUUUACAGUUUACCUUUAAUUUCUUUAAAAAAAAUCAACGUCUGCAAGAAAGUGUCCAGGUUUGGUUCAGUGGUAGACCAGCAGGCUCCAGACGUCAGCGAAUGGUUCCCUGCCGCGGCUCCGUUGGAGGUUUUCAGAGAGUUCAGACGGGUGCAGAAAUAAUCCCUGAGCAGCUUUUAUGACUUCAGAUUGGCAUAUAUGAGGGUUUGAGUGGACUAUUUAUAUGUUUUGCAUGUGUCUGCGACUUUUGCAGCCCUUGAUUACUUGUGUGUGUGUGUGGGAGGAGUUUGUAUGCGUGUUGGUGGUAUUAUUAUUGGAGUGAUGGGGGUACAGCGGGAGGGGCUGAGUUACUGUGUGUGUGGUGGAUGUGCUGGCUGGUGGACAGGGGGGGUCAGAGGACAAGACCUUUCUCAGAGGAGUGGCUGUUAACCUCUGACCCCCCUGGUUAAGCCUGCAGGGUGGUGGCGGUGGAGGCAGAGGUGGCGGCACCCUAAGGUCCGUCUGGUUCAGGGGCAUAUGAUGGCAGGCAGAGGGGGCGGUGAGGUGUCUAAUCUGGUUUUUGUCUAUGAGGCGUUUUCACCUCCCCCACCACCCUUCCUCUGAGAACAGAGUUUGAGAGGCAGGACAAUGUCAAAGGGAAGUGACUUAUUUUAUGAGCCGUUUAAAGGAGAUGGUGGUCCUCCCACAAAGGGAAAGCAGAGAAGUGUUGGAGGACUGAUGAAUUCAACGGCACACAGUCACAUGUUUGUUUACAAGGCUCUGCUCUCUUGUUUUGACCACCAUAAAUGGCACUUUUCCUCUUCUGAGCAAGACUUUAACAAUGUUCUGUCUCUGUGUCUUAUUACUUCUGAAAGUACUUGGGCAGCUGAAGGAGGGAGAGGCCCCCGAAAAGAACUCAGUAAGGAAACUGAGAGCCAGUUCACCCAACACACAAAGACUAUUCAUGCCAGGGAUGGUAAAGGAAUGACGGAUGCAUGGACUGACGAGCUUAUUGUGAAACAUCGAGGCUGAAACAUGUCACGCAAACCUCGGCAUGAUGUUGACUUUUGGAGGAUCUAACUGUUCUCGUUAACUGUUCGCUCUCCCGUGUUCCAGCUGGGCCGUUUUUCUCCCAGUGGUUUGAGAUAUUGGCUGCCAAAAUGUUUUCACUAAGUAUGCAUUAGCAAAGAAUCUCCAGUUUUCAGAGACCUAAUCCUUUGAGCUAACAAUGUGACAUUUGUUCAGACAUUCCUGUGAAAUAUUGACCAUCUCACCUUUAUUUGUGUACUUUGGUAACUGGGGCUAUUUCCUACGUGGACAUAACCCUUUUGAUUGUGUGCCUGUGCUGUGGGCAGGCAGGGGGCCCUGCAGGAGGAGAGACUGCCUGUCUGUUCACCCUAAAGUCGAGUGUGUGUGCAUGUGUGUGUGUUGCCUCAUGUACCUCCAAUCAUGCUGGUACAAAGAGCCAUGUGUUGAGUAGUGAUGUGAUGUGUGAAUAUGUUUAGGUAGCGGCUGCCAGCCAGGCCUGCGUAUGUGUGCGUGUGUAUGUUCAUACGUGUAUAGUAGGGAGUUGUGGGUGAGGACCGGAGGAGGAGCGAUGAGUUGGGGAGAGCACUGUGAGAGAAGGAGUGACUUGAGGCUUAUUUGGACCCGAUCCCAGACGGAGGGGUCCAGUUAACGGCGCCAGGGUGCAUCCCUCCCUCUUGUGCCCUGUUUGGAUGAUUGUGUUACUAUGAGUCACUUCUGACCCUGUAGUUAAAUUUUUCAGCUUUUUAGCUGCUAUUUCAGACAUGCUGGGAACUUCUCCAAGCAUGUUUUGCCUUUUGAGUUGGAGAUGUUUGGCUUGCCGAGUCAAAACCGAGGAGAAACCUCCUGUCUUGAAAUAUGAAGCCGAUGCAGAGGUGCAAAUAACUGCAGUUCUUCAAGAGUUGUACACCGGUGUUUCCUCCUUCGCUACACUGUACAUGGAAAAAUAAAAGAACAGGAAAAUAGAUAGAGUCUUUAUCUCUUUUUGACCUUAUCCUCCAUUUUUGUUGAAUAACAUCACUGCAUCAUUUAACUGAGGUCAAGAGUGCAUGCAAUGGUCAGGUUACGACGAGAGCACCCUCUGCUGAACAGCUUACUACAGCCUAAGUAUGAACUUUUAUUUUGCUAGAGUUCAAAUGAAGCUUAAAAUUUUGGAUAGGAAGUGACAGCCCUACCCUGUGUGGAACAUUUUGUUUUAGUUUUGAAGAUUAAAAAAGUCAUGAGAUCGGCUCCUAUGGUCGUGAAUCAAGUCAUCUCUGUGUCUUCUGAGACUUUGGUUGAAUCAGGAUUUUCAAUAUGGCUACCUCAACCGAUAGGCUUCGAAAGUCUCCUUCGUAGACCAGCGGGUGAUGUCACUGAGACUACACCCAUGUUUUAUAGCAGUUGACGGUCCAAACUGAGCUUGAGUGUGCUGUUUGGUGUGUAAUGAUUAGUGUGGUAAUGCUGACAGCAAAACUCUGGACUUCUGUUGGAACAUCUUCAUCUAAAUUCUCCUUCAGUAGAAGUGCGACCUAUGUGGGCCGACAUAGUUAACUGAAACCCCAUUUUUCUAAUCGAGGUCCAUGGGCGUUUCAGUUGCAUGCUCACAAAGAAUGAAAACAACUUCAAGAUGUCAAAUAGAAAGAAAUCCAAAUGGCAGAAGUUGUUAUGGAGAUAUUAAUGUUGGAGGAAAAAACAAACUUUUUAUUGGAGACUGAAAACUAACGAGGUAACUUGAACAAUCUGAACUGAGAACACGGAGCAGUGUUUUGUCAAACAUUCAGGUCAACUCAGACCCAGUGACACCGUUUUUUCCUUCAUUUUGAGUAAACUAAACAUCUUUUUAAAAUAAACAAGAACACUUCACAAGUACGGCUUUUCAAAUUAAAAUAGAUUUAUAACAUGUUUCACUGCAGAUCCUGUAUAAACUAAAGUCAGCAUCAGCUCUCAGGACCAAAGCGGCCUGGGAUGUUAAGUGAAUCUUUUAGCAAAUGUUGGAAAACACUACAGGUAAUAUUAAAGCCCCCGAGAAGCAGCAGUAACCUGUACAAGCACACAGGCUUUGAGUCAGUGAGCACAAGCUGGUGGGGAAAACUAAACAAGCCGUUGGUGCCUGGGUGCCGUGAAAGGAUCCCUGUGUUCUCCCAGAUUCCAACAGCCACGUUUAAAACAAAACAUUAUUGCAGCUGCAACUUUGCAUUCGUCCUCCCCUGACCCGACUCUUAAUUGGUUGUUCAGCUCACUUUUGACGGAGUUUGCAGCUGCUCUUUAUUUCAGAUUUAUCAGAGACAGUAUGUAGACUUUUAAGGAUGAUUUAGAUAAAAGAAGAGCACAGUUGUUUAUGUUGAAGUUUUCUGUUCAUGCUUAAACUGUGGUUUUAAAAAAAAUGUUUGAACAGCUAGAAUUUGUCUUGUUCAAAAUAUUGUUUAUGCCAUCACAAUUAAAACACUUGAAAUCUGUCCUACUUCUGGCACGUAAGUUGACUUUGACCAGCAGCUCUAUACUGUUUUUCCUCAUGGAGUCUCCAGUUUGUUUGUUCAAAGACCGCAUUAACCUUUCAAAAAUCAAUCUUGUCACAGUCAGAUGCCUGAUGUCACAUGGAAGUCAUUUAUAUGCAUUUUUGAGAAGAAGCUGGAACAGACAAAAGACUUUCACUUUCCACAUUUAAAGAAAUUAGACUGUUUUUUUUUAAAUGCUGCUUAAUGUUGGUGUAGGCCAGAGCUCCAAAACAGACUUUUAUCUGUUUACACCUGGACUCAAAGUGGGAGUUGAGCAGAUCCUCUCCUCUUACAACUCUUUCAGUAGGACAUGGCCCUCAGAGGAGGCUAAAGCACAGAGCUAUCAAUCAGCCCAGAGAAGAGCCAGGAUAAGAGCACGGCUCUAUAAAGUGUCGGGCUAAAGACUGCUCUGAGCGGAGAGUUGCAAUUAAUCCACUUAAGUGCAGUUAAGUGUUUCUUCACAGCCAAGGUGCUUUUGAUCAGGCAAGGGAUGAGGUUAUAAAUCACUAUUUUUACAGCAAGAAAGUGUUCAAUGUGUGUCUCCAACAAGUAAGAAAUGAGCCAUAUUAAUCUAACCCUGUGUUUUAAUAUUGUUCUUCCUCUCCCUUUUCCUUUUUUUUCCAGGGGCUCCAUUAAAAGUGUGUCCACAGGGUUUCUCGUGCUGCACGGUGGAGAUGGAGGAGAAGCUGAGCCAGCAGAGCCACUCAGAGAUCAAAGCUCCCGUCUCCAGGCUUAGCACCAACCUACAAUCCACCUUCAGACAGAGACACGACCACUUUGACAGUAAGCAAACACACAAACACCUGCAAACACUCACAAAUGUGAGCUGCCGUUCAGGCAGCGCUGUGCCAUUGGCAAGUGUCCUCAAAGUUACACUUGUGUUUCGGGGUUUUUGAUGGACGCUUCCACCUGCCAGUGCACUGCCUGGAGCGGAGACAGUCAGUCUGUGUCUGUUGGUCUGUCCACCUGUCUCUCAAUGUCUCAACUCUGUGCCUCAUCCCCCCCAUACACACAGCUUGGUCCCCCACUACCCACCUCCCUUCUCUCCAGAGAGACAUGCACGCUUCCAGACGGACCACACACAUCUUCAGAUUUAGUCUUCUCUGUACUUCCUGUUCCUCUGUGUGUGUGCACAUGUGUGUAUGCCUGUAAAUAUUGGGAUCAGGUUUCCCUGAGAGCGCAUGGGAACAUGCAGCAGUGCUGAGUCACCAAGGAAGUGGGGCAGCUACAACCACCCUAAACCUCCCAACUGUGCCACUACUGCAGCUCUGCUGGAAAAUGCAUUUGAUUGGUCAAAGAGGAGGAGACUUUAACUUUCCUGAAACGUUAGCUGACGGAAGAGAAAAGCUAGUUUUUAUAGUUUAAAGCUCCUGCAUACAUUGUUAGUUUUCUUGUAAUGGUUGGUUAUGAGCAUGGUUUCAUGUGCUGUACACAUUGAUGCCCAUAUGCAGGUCAGAGACCUUUAGAUCUUAUGUGUCUGUGAAAAGGAGUGAGGGAUAGUCAGCAAUAGGGAGCGUGUGUAUUGCAGCCAGAUGUGAACAGGAAUGUGACGUGUCGGAAUGCAGUGGCUGCUGGAGCUGGCCCGCCCCUCUUUUUCUCCUCUCCUACUGCCCUUUGUCCCCAUCUCAUGCCUCACUCUCCAAAAAACCCUCUCUCUCUUCCCCCCUCAAAGCUUGCUUUCUUUUGCUGCUACACUGCUCUGUUAACAAGGUUGAACAUCAUGCAUGUCUUUACAAAAUAAUCUGCUCUUUGUUUUGGCUGAGAUUUUCUAGCUUGUUUGCUGCUUUCUUGUAAAACUUGGCUUUGACAUACUUCAUUGAUUCUCCGGAUAAUGUUCAUGUUCAGAAGUUUGGUCCAUGUAAUGAGUCCCUCACAGCAUAUUCCUCUUCCCUGAGUAUUUACUGAAGCAACAAUUAUUCUGCUCAAAUAUGUUAAAGAGUAAACACUAGCUUUGAUUUAGAGUCACAUUUUUGCAGCUGCUUUUCAUUUGGACCACUGGAGCCUCAGUUGAUGAGGUAAUUAUCAUUAUUUUUAUUGAUAGAUUUGGAAGUGUCUGUGGUCAUGUGUGGUUUUUAAACAUCCUCCAAAAAGAGAUGAGAUUUAAGAGUUCAUGAUGUUGGAUUAUGAGGAACUGAUGAACAUUUUAUCUAAAUUGGGGGUGUCCUAAUAGACUUUUUUAGCCCUAAUCACAACCCUGUCUGAUGUAUUAAAUAUCUACUGAUCUGAUACUGUUUUUAGUUGGAUAAUAUUGCUGCACUCCCUUUUUGAACUUAAUUAGCUGACAGUUGUCCUCAGCUUCAGUCCAUUUAUUGAUUUAUUCCACUUUAAAUCAAAUGUUAAAGAAUCAAUCCAGCAGGGGACUCUGGACAAAACUCAGAGCUUCAAAUGUCUGUUAUUCCCCUGAGGACGGUCACAUCAUGUUUUUCAUCAUCUGAAAUGCUGUGAACUGUGCCGUACAACUUCUGGCAGAAGGUACUCUAUCCAGAAUUCCCAGCAUAGCAGGAAGCUUACCUUCUCUCUCAGUGAGGUUGACUUAUUUUCCGAAGCGGUGCAGUCAACCACCUUCCCUUUAACCUUUUUGGCCUUUUUGCUCUCUCAGGGUUAUUUAUCCUUCGUUUUUUAGCCCAGGAUUUGUAGAGCAGCAAUGUUUUCCACUGUUGCUCUAGUGAACAUGCUGUGUUCUUGUGCAUGUUUAUUUUUUAAAAUGUUGCAUCAAAUUGUCAGUUUUGGGUGAAAACUCUCAAAAAUAUCAUGUUACAUGUACUGCAAGAGGCUUUUGGAAUUUUUGUCCUCUCUAGUUUGAAAUAUUUCCGCUCUAAUGGCCUUUUAACAACACUGGUUGCAAACACUAAGUUACUGUUACUCAAGUGUUCUAAUUGUGCUCAGGUUCUAACACCUGAUGUAAAUAAUCAGGCUGAGAUGAGGAUCAAAUUGCUGACCCCCAAUCAGUCACAAAUGUCGAGUUUAGCCCCUCUUCCAUAGGUGGGUUUGUCAUCAGGACAUCCUGAUCAGAACCAUGUCCCACAGCCUUUUAAAUGACUAUUAAAAAUCUGAAGUUACGUUUGUGUUAGGGCUGGGUGAUAAUGCCUCAAAUCAAUAUCACAAUAUAUUGAUCAGUUGACCUUGAUAACAAUAAAUGGACGAUAACUACUUCACUAGCUGCUCACCCCCUCCCACAUUAACUUCUUCUACUUCAGCUGCUGCUCCAGCCGCUCCAACUUUUGAACUGUCCUCCAUCUCCUCACCUGUCUUUCCCUCUUUGUUACGGACUGGAUGGGGUGGAGUCACAUUUCUGACGUAGGACAGCGUCUUAAAGGGACAUGAGACCAUAGCCUACCUACACACAUCCAAAACCAACUUUUAUUUAUUGAUUUUUUUAACACCGAAUAUAUUGACAUGGGCAAAAAUGAGGUCAAUUAUUGUCCACCCAGCCCUGGUUUGGAUUUUAGCUGAAAGUUUUUAAAGUGCGUGUCAAACUUUUACCUUCCAUUAGUAUAAAACGAGAAACUCCCAUGCUGAUGCUGUUUGAGGAAAACUUUCUACAACACAGACAUCACAGCAGACUUGUGCUAAAGUCAUACCACAACACCGAGCCUGAUCACCUCCAGAGUUUUCUUUUUCUUCUCCCUCAAUCUGAUGGCGAAAGCCUUUGCUGUGCUUCCUUUACUUGCCUCCCCUCCCCUUCGUGCCCCCUCCUCAUCACUGUAGAUAAGUAGCUGCUGUCUCUGAACUGUUAGAUGUGGGGUCUUUUUACAAAGGCCUGCUGUGCUCUUUUCCAGCUUGGCCAUUAGACCGUCUCUCUCACUGGAUUCAGUGACAGGCUCAGGUUGCUGUCCUAUUAUUUCCUGCUGUCGCAUUGAGACACCUAGAAGGAGGAAGUGCCCGGCAUUGUAUCUGCGGUUUCUAAAAAAGACGGUCGUGUCAUCGAACAGCUCCGGAGAGCAGAUGCAUACGAGGAUAAACACAGCUGCAUCUGCACAUAAAGGCAGAUGCAACAACAUGCACUCACACACUAACAAACUCAGGAAGUGGUGUAUGUGAUUAGGCAGGCUCUCAUCAUGCGCCUGGAGCAAGGAGUCAUGGCCAAUUAAGACCUGGGCCAGAAAUAGUUCUCCCCUCUCUCUGUGUGUUUGUCCUGGCCUCUGCCUGUCUGUCCUGUUGCACUGACCCCGUCCAACAGAGCAAGCCUAUGUCUGGAAUUUAAGCACUGGGAUUAAGGCCCCUUGUCUCUACACACACACACACACACACACACACACACACACACACACACACACACACACACACACACACACGCAUGAGAUUUCCCUCUGAUGCACUGAAGUACAACAGCAGGAGGGACAGAAUCCCAACCCCAAAGAAAAGGGAGAAGCGCAGGGACUAAUUGGCACAAAUAGGAUGCAAUUACAGCCUGGGCUGGGAUUGGGAGGAGCAGAGUUUAUAGGGCCACUGGUGGGGGUGAGGGGAAGAGGAGGAAGUAGGAGGGAACUGGUGGGAGGAGAUCGGUCAGCUCCUCUGUUCCUGUGAUGGAUUGGGCCUAAGAUCAGCGCUCAUAAUUUAGAGCUUUCUUUGCAACAUGUGGGAAUGAUGACAGGAAAAGAGAGUGCGGAAGGAAAAGAUGGAUGCUGCUCACAGAGGAGGCUUGAGUUGUCCUCUUUCCUUACAUUUGGCUAGAGCUUCACACUCCACCACGCAACCUUUCACCCAGAUCCUGGCAGACCAUUGGCCGAGCGACAGGCGCAUUUUUUAAUGGAAAAAUCCUGAGGGAGUGCUCAGCUUCUCGGCCUGUUGGCAGACGGCUGUGUGUCAUAAACUGUUUUUAAUGACAAUGCAAGAUGCCUGUGUAAUACUGCUCAUACUUCAGACCCUGCGCUUGGUGAAAAAAGCUCCCCACAACCCCCAGCCCCACCCUGCAGCCACUGCCCCCCCAACACUGAGCUCAGGCUGUUCUCCUUUAAGCAGUAGGUUUGUCCAAACUCAUUACAGGGCUUAUCUUUUUAGCAUACAGGCGUUACUGCUCUAUCAAACGAUGGAGAGAGAAUAGAGGAGUUUAGGGAUGUCCCUCCUUUCCAGGCCCGUUCCUCCUCCACCUCUCCUUUCACUGACUUUAAACUUGUAGCUGCUCUGACAUUCCAGGGCCGAGGGUGGACCUUUUGUUUUAAUCUCUGUCAAUGGAGCGUGGAACUUGGUGCCCCCUCUUCCCCAGCAUUGUGUUUGUCUAUGCGUGUGCGUGCGAUGGAGUAAAGGGGAGCAAUGAUGAUGGGGAGGUAAAUGGAGGGGCUGCAGUGUUUCCGGUAUCCUUGGCGACACAGUGGGGAUUUGGAGUUAAAAAAGCCCUCAACUUAACCCGCCCCAAGCCACCCUCACCCCUCCCCUACCUCAUUUUUUCUUUUUAGUGUGUCAGUCUGAAGUGGAAGUGACAGCGCUACUUGGGGACUGUGUGUGUGUGUACUGGUGGCAGGGAGCGUUUAGUGACUCCCUCUGUGGGAGCAUGGGAACUUUACAUUUCAAAGCCAAACAGAGGGCACCCAGAGAAACUGCAGGACCAGAGCUCUGCAAGAGGCAGCGGGUGAGUGGAUGGAAGAAAAAAAAGAUGAGUGAAAGGGGGUGAGUGUAUGCUCGCAUGCAUGCAAGACUGAAGGUGAAGCAUUUUUUUAGAGACUGCGAGGAAUUCUCAUUUUGUUCAGAUUAAGAAAGUUGGGGGGGGGGGUGGAGGAGGAGGUGUGUGUGUGUGGGAGAGUGGGCCUGGAUUAUUGGGGGUGGAGAAAAGCAGUGAGGGGGGUGAUGGACAUUCCUUAGGAUGAAGUAGGUCAUUGUUCCCUGUCUCUAGUGAAGAGAGCUCUCUGAAGGAACUGAUGAAGUGAAAGCAGCAGAGGGAGGGAGAUGCUGGCCUGGAUGGGGGGAUACAGGUCCAUAUACGGGAGGGGAAGAGGGGAGGGGGGGGGUUGCAUUAUUCAGUAAUCCUAUUGAAAAUGUCUCUGAAGGACAGUCCAAGAGAAGCUGGGAGAAAGGAGAGCGAAUGGAAUGUGACAACAGAAAAAUGCCAUUGAUGGUGGUCAGUUUGAAGCGGCUUGAUUUGGAGAGACGUCUCUGCUGAAUGGCAAGUCUACAGAGGCGAGGAACAGCGCCGCUCGUUCUGCCUGACAGAGAUGCUCCAGCUCCACCUUUCACCCCUACUGCUUCUCCACUUCCCUCAUCUCCCACUUCGAAACAUCCCUUCUCAUAGCUCACAUUAUUUUGCCUUUCAACCGAGAUUUUACGCCCAAGCCCACAUAGUCAGGAGGACAUGAGCACAGGUGUGGCAGAAGAUUCAGCGGUCUAACUUCAAAUACUGGCUGCAGGACAGGCUCAACAUCAGGAAUCAGUGGUGGGGGUGGAGGGCUCCACAUGUACAGACUUUUGGGAGUAACACCACAGCUGUACCGUUCAGACUGAAGCUAUUUUUAUUUAUUGAUCGGGUCUGUCAUCGUGCUGCAAUGUCUGCACAUCUGCUUUUGUUUUUCUUCAUGUUUUGGGACGAGGAACCUCCAAAGCGAAAAUCUUUUUGUCAACACAGAUAACAAUGUGAAGUGACUGAGUAUGAGACAGAUAAACUCAACUCCCAGCUGGAUGGAGCAACAUGUUAUUCAUCAUAUGAAUUCAGUUUUCUUUGUCAUCUUUAAAACAAAUCUGUCCCUGUAGACGGACAUGAAAUGUGAACUGUGUUUGGUCUGUUUUCUGGCAGUUGUUUUUACCCAUCAUACUAAUCCCCCUCUUCUUCUUCUUUUUCCUCAGAGUUUUUCCGCGAGCUCCUGAAAAAUGCAGAGGUCUCCCUCCACAACAUGUUUGUGCGAACCUACGGGAUGAUGUACGUGCAGAAUGCAGAACUGUUCAAGAACUUUUUCGAGGCCCUGACUCGGUACUAUGUGUCUGGAAGUGCUGCUAUCAACCUGGACUCCAUGCUGUCUGACUUCUGGGCUGAUCUCCUGGAGAGGAUGUUUCGGCUGGUCAACGUACAGUACGAAUUCAGCGACGCCUACAUGGAGUGUGUCAGCCGGCACACGGAGCAGCUGCAGCCCUUUGGUGAUGUGCCCCGCAAGCUUCGGAUCCAGCUGACACGAUCAUUUGUGGCUGCACGCACAUUUGUUCGUGGCCUGACGCUAAUGCCAGACGUGGUCAAUAAAGUUUCGAGGGUGAGUGAGAGGUGCUUUUGUCUUUGCUUAGUAAUCUCGCAGCAUUCACUCUGCUACUCAGUGCUGAAAAGGUGGUCCUUACAGCUCUGUCCAGCCCUCCCUUGUAGGGUUCUGCUUUCAUAUCUUUCCUGGAAACACUGGCUCCAUUACAGUGUCUCUGAUAACAUAAACCACUCUGGCUCUUCUGUUAUGGCAUGUUUUUUCCACCGCAGUGAGUGAGUCAUUGAUGAUUAGAUUAUACUGCUGUAGAGUUUGCUAAUAAAAAGGAUGACCGUGCUUUUUCACAGUCUAAGUAUGCAUCUAUGGUGGAGGUGGAUGAGUGUUUGUGCUGGGCUGCAAUAACAGACUGCUAAAAGUCCCUGUUCCUCCUCCAGGUCAGCGCAUCCCCCAGCUGUGUGCGAGCGGCCAUGAAGAUGUUGUACUGUCCCUACUGCUCGGGCCAAGUGGCGAAACCCUGCCAGAAUUACUGCCUGAAUGUGAUGCGCGGAUGUUUGGCCAACCAGGCUGACUUGGACACAGAGUGGAACAACUUCCUCGGUAAGCAGCAUCAGUCAUGUAAACGAGAGCACCUUCUGCAGCCAUGGUUAGACCUUCCUGAGCUCGAAUACAUGACUGUGGGAGUAUUUCAUACAAGGAACCACAGCAGUGCCUAGAUUUCACAAAAAAAAUCCCCUGAUCUGAUCCAAACUCCCCGAACAUGCUGCCAUUGUGGUGACUGAUGUGAUUCAUGAAUAGAACACUAAUAUAUAGAUGUUUUUUUACAUGUACACUACAGGCCAAAAGUUUGGAAGCAAGGCCAUUUUUUUAAAUCCAGCAUGAGUUGUAUGUAUUUUGGGAUGUAUUUACUCCAUGAUCAGAUGUUGCUUUCAUGGAAAUGCACCAUUUUACUCCAUUUACCUUUAGAUAUACAUUAAUGUUAACAGACCACUGCUAAAUAUAUGUCAGCAAAAGAAAAUUAGGGCUUAGCUGCAGGGUCGAAAACAUUUGCAAGAGUCACAACUUCAGUGCAAAAGCAAAAAAACAAAUCACAGUUGGAUUAUUCACUUCAACUUUUUGGCUUUUGAGAGUCUGCAUACAAAAAUCCUAAUAAAUCUAAACUGCGUUCAAACUACCGCAAAAAAUGUCUGGAAAGAAGCAACUGAGUAAAGAAACAAAAGUACAGAUUUGUACAUUGAGGAAAGAAGGAUACACAGAAAGAGAAAUUGCAAAACGCCUAAAGGUGCCAAACAAAGGAGUCCACCACACUCUGAAGAGACUAGAGGAACCUGGAAGUUAUGAUGAUAGAAAAAGACCUGGACGAAAGAGCAGAGGAUAAACAUAGCAUUGUCACCAGUAAGAGAGAUCGGCAAAAGACAGCACCACAAAUAAGGGAGGAAAUCAACAUAACAAGGUCGAAACCCAUAUCUCUGACAACUGAAAAGACGUUUGAGAAAGGCUGGUCUGAAGGGUUGUGUAUCUGCAAAAAAGCACUACUUCGUCCACAGAACAAGAAAAAGAGAUAUGAGUGGGCAAAAGCUCACAAAAAUUGGACUUAUGAUGACUAGAAACAAGUUCUCUUGACUGAUGAAUAGGGUUGGGAAUCGAGAAUCGAUGGGAAUCGGGACUAAAACUUCGAUUCUUCCGGUAUCGUUCAAAUAUUAAAAUUUCGAUUCCAAGUUUCGAUGCCAGAGUCCGCCGACCGGAAGAAAUAGCCGCCGAAAAUCAACGAAGAAGAAGCCGCUUAACACCAAUGAGGACGGAGCGUAUGAGACGAAGCCACACAGAGAGAGGAGAGAGACAGAGAGAGAAAGUACAUUGCAACCCACAGCAAUGCAGCCGCUGUGGGUUACAAUGUAAUCUCUCUCUGUCUCUCUCCUCUCUCUGUGUGACUUCGUCUCGUACGCUCCGUCCUCGUUGGUGUUCGGCAGCUUCUUCUUCGUUGGUCAAAAGUUUGGCUAACUUUAGCAGGAAGAAUGAACUCUUAUCUCAAUGCAACAUUAGCAAUACAGUUAUAUCAUGCAAAGGAGGGUAAACGACCAACGUGAUUAAACGCCUCAGGAUUCAUGGAGGAGAAAUACCCGAGUGCUCGUCUUUGACGCGCUUCGCCGGUGUUGUGUCGUAGAAUGCACCCCUGACGGGAGCGCGGUUGAAAGUACACAACAAGGCGAAACAAUCCAAGUUUUUCUUACCGUUGGACGGAAUCUAAAGCGUGUGCCUUUAAUGAUUUCAUUCAGGCUAUUCAGAUAUGCCGAAAACAAUAGCCCUCUGAUUCGGAAUAUUUACUGUCCUGAAAAUAUUAUGUUCUCUACAUUAACAGCUUACUCUACAGUUUAUAUACCCAAGUACACCUUUAUGUGUGCAUUUUUGAGACACAUACAAACAAAACGAAAGUUUACUGCUCCAUUUGACACGUUUUCAUGAUCUAAUACCCGUGUUUUAUUAAAUAUGAGAUCAUAUUUCUUCCACUAAGAAGCUAAUCAGUGGAGGGGAGGCAUUCUACGGCAGGGGUGCAUUCUACAGCACAACACCUGUCUUCCGCUAACCAGUCAGGAUCAGAUAAGUGAAACAAUAAAUUACUUCUGUCCUCUGCUAACUUUAAACCGGUAAAGAAAUUGAACUGUGUACGGUGAGUAAACUUAAAUAUCCACCUAACGUUAGCCCUUGUACUUUUUCAUAGACAAACGACCUGAAAACAAAAAUUGAUAUUUAUAUACUGGUUGAAAAUAGCUCUGUGAGAAAUUCAUAGUAAAGUUCUUAAAAAGUUAAUAGGAUUUAAAAAUUCAUGGAGAAGUUCAGAAAUUUCAUCCAAAAAGAAGAGCCCCGGUUAGCGCCCUCAUUCAAACAUUUUUUUCUUUUUUCUUUUUGAUAUCCUGCCUUUUAAAAGAAUCGAAUUAGAGAAUCGAUAGGAAUCGGAAUCGAAAUGAGGAAUCGAAAUUGGAAUCGUUCAAAAUCAAACGAUACAAGUUCUCUUGACUGAUGAAAGCAAGUUUGCGCUCUUUGGUUCAAAUCGCAGAGUCUAUGUCCGCAGACAAACUGGUGAACGUCUGAAAGCACCAUGAGUUACACCCACAAUUCAGCAUGGAGGUGGUAGUUCCGUGGUAUAGGGAUGUUUUGCAGGUGAUGGAGAAGGAGAUUUUGUUUAAAGUAAAGGGUAUCAUGAAGAAGGAACAGUACCACUCCAUCCUCCAGCACCAUGCUGCUCCAUCUGGACUCAAACUUGUGGCUCAUAAGUUUGUUUUGCAGCAAGACAAUGACCCUAAGUAUUCUGCCAAGCUCUGUCAGGGUUACCUAGACAAAAAAGAAGAGGAGGGUGUUCUUCAAAAGAUGGUUUGGCCCCCUCAGUCUCCAGACCUUUCUCCAAUAGAUCUUGUAUGGGAUGAAUUGGAUCGAUCGGUCAGAAAAGUGUGUAGCACGAAUCAGCAGGGAAUGCAAUCCCUGGAACAUACCUUAGAAAACUUGUGGAACGAAUGCCUGGUACAUGCCAAGCUGUUGUUAAAGCCAGAGGAGGUUACUUUAAAAAAAGCAAAGUCUAAGGAACAAUAACUCAAAUACCUUAUAAUUAUAGUCAAAAUGUCUUCUGCUAAGUUACUCUUUACACAAUAGUCAUGUUUAUUGUGUUGCAAAGUAUAUUAAUGAGACUAUGAUCUUUUUUUGUACAAAUCUGAUCUUGCUUCCAAACUUUUGGCCUGUUGUGUAUGUAUGGUAAAAACAUGUAUAACUAACACACACACUUAAACACACACACACACACCCACACACACCCACUCCUUAUGCUUGAUUUUUCUGUGUGCCGGCACUUAGAAAGAGGGCAUGAACAUGUCUUACUCACCGUUUGAGUGUUUCUUUUUUUUUGUAGACAUACAAACUCAGAACAGUUCAGUCACAUUCAGGGUGGUACACUCCGUUAAAAUAAGUUCCUCACAUUGCUAUUAGAGUCUCUCCCCAUCUGCUGACACAGCUACUAUGAGAGAGUUUCGGCAGCUUGAAUCUGCCAUGUCUGUUUCAUCCAUUAACAAUCUUCCACUUGUAGGCAUGUGCUUCCCCCUAGUGGCUGUUAGUUGUAAUGCAUUAAGAGGUACUUUAUAACAUCUUGUGGUGUUUUUUUUCCUCUUUCCCUCUAAUUGUAGAUGCCAUGCUUGGUCUGGCUGAGAGGCUCGAAGGCCCCUUCAACUUUGAGUCUGUCAUGGAUCCCAUUGAUGUGCAGAUCUCAGACGCCAUCAUGAACAUGCAGGAGAACAGCAUGCAAGUGUCCCAAAAGGUCAGAAUCGUUUCUCAGUGUUUGAAGACAGAGUAAGAAAAAAAAAAAAAGGUAAUGACUCACACUCACUCUGCGUUAUUCUUGUUGAUUUCUCACAGGUUUUCCAAGGAUGCGGGCAGCCUAAACAAAGCAUGGCGUACCGGUCCACUCGAUCAAUCAAGGAAACAGGCUUUACCGGCCGCUUCCGCCCUUACAGUCCUGAUGCUAGGCCGACUACUGCUGCUGGCACCAGUCUAGAUAGACUGGUAAGGACCACCUCAAGUCUAACAUGAUGAAUGAACAGCUAGGAUGCAGCACACUUGAGUUACACAAACCCUUGUAUCGUAUGUCUGUUUGGUGUCUGGCAGGCUAACUGAGUUCAUAUUUCACUACAUAAAAACUACUUUAUAAGAAAGCCCAAGAGCCCUGUCCACAGUUUUAACCUACUUUCAAACAAAGGCCAUUCUUGUUUCACACUAUUUCCAGAGCUCCUGCAGCUGUUGAGGUUGGUCAAUUCAGAAAAAAGUCCACCAGGGCCCGUCCUCAUGUGAUUUAAUACUGCUGGAGAUGAUGUUGUUGAUGAUGCAUCAGGGAGCAGUAGCAUUAGCCAAUAUCCAUGAAUGAAUGUACUGUGCUGUAGGUGACUGAACCACAGUGGGUCCUGGUGGAUGUUUACUUGAGAUUAGAUUGAUCAAGGCCAAACAGAAAUAGCAGAAUAAAAAAGUGACAAGAACCUGGAACCCCCCUGGAACCUGUCUUUCAUAAACAAACUCAAAACCCUCCCUGAUAACUCGUGAAUCCACUAGUACUACACUCUGAAGGGUGAUGCAUGAUGUUGCUCAGCAAGCACGGCCUCUUCAUUUGCUCUUAAACUCGACUGUCAAAUUACCUACUUCCACUUUUUUUUUGUCCUUCCUUUUACUUAUUUAUUUACUUACACGUUUGAUCUCCUUAAAAUGGGAUGCACUGGAUGUUGGGGGGUGGUGUUUGUUAAUGUGUUCUGAGAAAACUCAAAAAAUAUUGUCUCUUUAGAUUACUGUCUCUUUUUACCUUGUUCUCAUUAAAACAUUGUUGGAAAAAAAAAGAAACCCCAGAGCACAGUCAGACUUUUUCUUAUUUUUUAUUUUUUUGCCGCAAGUCAUUAAGUCAUUUCCUGACUUUUUUCCCCUUUUUUGCAGACUAGUGAUGUUAAGAAGAAGCUGAAACAUGCAAAGAAGUUCUGGUCCACAUUGCCAGAAACGGUUUGUGCAGGAGAGAGGAUUGCACCUGGAGAUGAGUGCUGGAACGGAACAGCCAAAAGCAGGUAAGCUGCACACCACAUGCAAGACUGUCUGUGAAGUGUGAUACUGCAGCCCUUCACCUUAAUUUAUUCUGAUUCUCACUCUUUACAGGUACGAGUCAGUUGUCAUUGGCAAUGGCUUGGCCAAUCAGGUGUCAAACCCUGACGUGGAUGUAGACAUCACAAAGCCAGACAUUGUGAUCCGCAGUCAGAUUGCAGUUUUAAAGGAAAUGACGAGCUGGCUCAAAGCUGCACACAGUGGCAAUGACAUCUCCACUGAUAUUGGUGAGGAUGCCAAACUCUCUCACUUCACUCUUUAUUUGUCAAACUGUCAUUGCACUCGUCUUAAACUGUCCCUUCUUCCCAGAUGACGGAGGCAGCGGAGAAGAGGAAAGUGGCAGUGGUUGUGACUCCCCCUCCUGUGACGACGACCCGGACAUCUACUUCUCAACCCCACCAAACCCUGGCAAUCCCCGGGUCGAUCAAGUGGGGGUGGGUAAUCCUUCACCUGCAGCUGUCUCACACAGGAGUAUGGCGCUGGCGCUCUGCGGGCUGGCCCUGGCCCUGCUUGCUCCUCAUCUGAGAUAAAACUGGCUGGGCAGGGAGAGGAAGAGAAAGACCAGGAAUGAUGGAAUGAAGGGGAAAACUGCCAGAAAGACUUCUUAAGACUGCCUUCAGGACCUUAGACUGUCCGCCACUGGGGAGGAAGACUCUUCUUAAUAUCACAAUAACGUCACCUUUUAUUAUUUGUUUUAAUGUUUUUAAGGACAUCAGUGUAGAGCGAUUGGAUUUCCUUUUCAAGACAUCGACCUUUUCCCCAGAUAAACCUUCACUACUUUUGGUUCUUUUGGAGCCACACUAUGGUUUUGCUUGCAGCAUAACAAACUAUCAUCAUUUUUUGGCAAUUUAAUUAAUGAUUCAUAAAUGUGCCUUCUGCAUUGAUUGCCAUCUGGUGACUAAAUAGUAUGCAAAGUGUUAGGUUGAACAUUAAGUGCCUGUGACAGGACAUACCUUCAUAUUUCUGAGGAUCUUCAUAAUGUUUUUUCAUGAAUGUUAAUUAUUCAUAUCAAGCAUUGUUGUACAUUAUGAAUGUGCAUACUGUGAGUGUUUUGUCUGUUAAUACAUUUAAUACAUUAGCAUACAUUUAGAAGUUAUGAAGCUAGCUGUUGAUCUCAUCUAAGAAACAGUUUGAACUUUUGUCCCUCUGCUUUGGAGAAACAUUCAAAUCUUUCAGCUCAUUCCAAGAAAAACAGCGAGAUAAGUCAAAGCACAGGUAUUGAUGUUUGACCUGGGGAGAUGAAAUCAUUUUUAAGAUCUUUUUUGGUGCUCUGCAAGCUCAAACAUGCAUAUUGCAUGUCCGCUCUUAGUAUUGUAACAACCUAAUGUUUAAUUUCCUCAUUUUAACUUAAUGUCUUCAGCUUAAACAGUUCAUUCAUAAGAUCGUACCUCACGCAUGCUGUCAUUGUCAAUGCAAUCUAGUGGUGUUGAGCUGAAAGUGUCUGAUAAAGAUGAGAGAUGUAGCUAGCAUCCAGGUGAAAGGUAACUGUUAAGAGAGAGGAAGGACUCCCCUGGCAUUACCCCUCAAGAAGGCAAAGCUGACAAGUCUUGAAUGCCCCUUUUGGUACUGUAAGCUCAGUUCAGCACAGAGGACCUGACUCUAUACAGUCUUACUUGUUUGAAAAGAAACGGUGUUCAGAGUGUUUCACAUUUAACUAGAGAGGAACAAAAGACAAUGCUUUGAUCAAAAGAAAUCAAGAAAAGAUUAUUUUAAUACAGGGUUUUAUGUUGAAGAGGUGUUGUAAUUUUUAGCUAUUUUGGUAUGAAGAUAUAUAUUAGGUACUACAGUGGAUUUUACAGCUAGUUCAAGGUGGUUGAAGAGAACAGUGUGUACAGUUAUUGGGGCACUUUUGGUCAGUGUGCACAGUUUUGGGGGCUCAUUUUCUGCCCACAUCCCCCAUCCCACAGAACACACUCGUACCUCCAGAAUGACCGGUGUCAGUAUAAAUAGACUCAUCCUGAUCCAUUUGGUUUACCUAUCCUCAACCUCACAUUGUUAUUGUGAAAACUUUAAGUAAACUGUUUAAGUAUUGUCUCAAGUGCUACCAAAAUUCAUGUAAUAUAUGGUGCCUGAUCUUUUUGUAAAACCGUGGUACAUUAUUAGCUACUCCAUGAGGCAGAAAACAAUAUAAAUGUUCUUCUCUAUCUUGUGUCUGCGACAAUUCCCUGACGGGUGUUUGAGGUUUUGGUAACAGCUGACAAGCACAACAAAGAAUUGUCUUCUUUUUUUCUAAUUUGAUCAGGUCUGUGAGUCGCAUUACCUGGCCAUUUCAUCUCCAAAAUGAUGCUGCCUCAUGUAGUUUUUGUACAGUAACUUAUGCAUAUUUUUAUUUCAUUGCAAACACACUUCUCAUAAACUGAUAUGGAUUAUUCAAAAUACAGUGUUCAUUGAAAUCUUACAUUUCUCAACGUGAUUGGUUAAACUAAAGAGGAGGGGGUUGAUUAUGCAUUUUGUAAAAAUACUGAACCAUCGACCUUUUCACCUCAUUUGGCCUCGAUAUUGACAGGUUGAUUGUAAGCUAACGCGUACAUUUCUUCUAAGAAAUCCAUUCAGCAGAAUUGGAAAACGUUAACAAGAGGAAUCUAACUCUGAAACAUUUGUUAAAACAUCAAAUCAGCCCAUGAAAUACUGAAGCCCUAACUGAAAAUAAUGAAGCUGUGCUUCAGCAGCUUGAUUAGGCAUUACUUCUGCAUGUGACAAGUUCAGUUCUCACAAUUUUAUGUUCCACCUACAUUUCUACAAGGGCUUGUGCAUGUGUUUGUGUCAUGUGGAAGAGUUGUGUUGAGUGUGAAGACACCCAGCUUUUUGAGAGUUGUAAGAAAUGUUUUGGGUGAUGAUGGUGAAUGUCUGUGCUUGCGGGCCAGGGCAGCAACACUUUACGGCUGGCAGGAGCUGGUCCGGCUCCUGGAUGUUGUACAUUGGAUCCAUAAAGUAACAUCAGUCAGAAAGUUGAAAUGGAUUUUUGUUUAAGCGUUCAUCAGCCUUUGGCCCACAAGAACAGAAGGACUCAUUUUCUGAUGAGUGACUGAAUAGACUGAAAAAUGUGUAAAUAAAGAGCAGCCGUUUUAGAUGUCUCUAAAAGAGGCCAUAACAGGAAACCAGAUUUUUACUUGUCAGAGUAUCUCCUUAAUGUUAUGGAAAAACAUGAUGAGAUAGAUGUUAAAAUGUAAAAGAAAAUGUAUAUUAAACAACAUUUCUUAGUCUUGUUGAAAUAAAGACUACCAAUAUUUAAAUGUU